CUUCGUGUGGGAGAAUGCAGAAGAGUAUGAUCCGCAAGCAGACAAGGCAAAAAUGCUGGCUCUUAGUGAAAGGCAUGAACUGUUUGUCUACGAAUUCAGUCUAGAAGAUGGAAAAUACAACCCGGUUUCCCUGCACAUUUGUGAGGAAGAUACGCUGAAAAAGCUCCUUGAAGCUAAAAACAUUAAUGUGUUUGACUCUGUCGAUGGGGCCCAUCUGGCGCACGUCAGCGUGGCGCUCUGGCAGGGGGGCGAGGGCGGGAGCCCGGCCGUCGCGUCGCCGCUCGCCGCGGUGAGAGUGUCGCAUGAUCUCAGCGUCGCCGUGGUCGUCAGCGCUUCCCACCAUGCCAUCUCGGUGGACCUGAACGUGUACUUCAGACAGUUCCCUGGGCAUUUGCUCUGUAAGAGAGAUCCUGAAAAUCUUCCGCUGAAGCCUCCUGAAGGACUCGACGAGGAUGACCUUGCUAGUUCUGACUACAGCAUGGAGCUUUUGUCACUGCCCUUCCGCACAGACAGGUCCUGGAAGGCACACCUGUCCUCCCUGUGCGAUAGGGUAAGGAGAAGACGACCAGGUUCUUCAGAUUUGGUGAAUGACUUCGAUUUACCUUGGUAUCAGUUUUUUACUCAUCUUGAAGGUCAUGAUCCUGAAAUCUAUGAAAAUGCUGAGAAGAUGGUGGUAUUUGUUCCACGAACUGUUACGUGGGCCCCUUCCAAACCGUCACAGAGCGACGGUACAAACCCCCGUGGUGCCAGGCAGCAGUGGAAGCAAAUCCCUGGGGAAGCACCAGGAGAAGUGGUGAAAGUGGAGUGUAAGCUGGUGACUGGAGUGAAAGCAGUGUUUGUGGUGUCAACAGCCGACCGAGGAUUGACUCUCGUGCUCUGGGAUUUUGAGUCACAAGAUGUGACGUGUCACCACUUUGGCCCAAACAGUGUUUAUGUGGAUUGCAGUGAAGAGGUGCCCUUGUGUCUGCUUCUGACAGAGCGUGGUCUUUCCUUAGUUCUGUUUGGGCUAACUCGAGAAGAGUUUUUGAAUAGAUUGAUGAUCUAUGGCAGUGCUGGAGUCGUCGAUUCCGUUUGUCAUCUCAACGGAUGGGAACGAUGUUCAAUUCCACUACAUGCGCUGGAGGCUGGUUUGGAAAAUCGUCAACUGGACACAGUAGACUUAUUUUUAAAAAGCAAAGAAAGUCUUUUCAAUCUGUCUGCCCCCCACUCUGGACUUGAACAGUCUCCUGAUAGUGCAUCCCAGUUGUACCUGAAAAAUUUGGAAGAGCUGAGGUCAGCUUUAAACUUGCUCUGCUCAGCUAUCAAAGAAAGUGAUAUGGAGCCUCACAGUAAACACUUUUCUGAGCAGCUGCUAAACCUGACGUUGACUUUCCUUAGCAAGCAACUCGAAGACAUUUUUGUGCACACAGAGAAACCUGAUGUAUUCCUGCAGAAGGGUGCAGAUAUUUUAACUGAUUACAUUAUUAAACUCAGAAAAUUUCUGAGAAAAUACCCUCGACCAGAAGUAAAUACUGCACACACAGGAAGUGAUCUCGAUGAAGACCUACCUGUGUUAGAAGAAAGCCACAUGUGGGAAAAACUGACACCAGAGGAAGUCAUUGCAGACGCCAUCUUAAGCAACAAAAUGCCAGAGGCCCAGACCUUCUUCCGAAUGCAUCUUGCUGAAAGACUUCCAGAAUUUAUUCGGAGAGGUUUGGGUCUGGUCUAUGACCGUCUUCUGAAGGACAACACCAGAGAGGCCUCGGAACUGCUACGAAACAUGGGCUUCGAUGUGAAGGAGGAGUUGCGUAAGAUAUGUUUCUACACCGUUGAUAAACACGUACGAGAUUUGUUGGUGAAAGUUUUACGAGAAGAAAAUUAUUUUUCUGAAAGAGAGAAGAAAAUGAUAGACUUUGUGCAUCAGGUUGAAAGCUUUUACUCGGAAUCCUUCCAAGAAAAUAAAGAGAUUCAAUCUCUUUCCAGGUACUGGAGAAAGGAGCAAGACUUUUCCAGACACACAGCUGUUCUAGACUCGCUGUUGGAUCGCGAUAGACAUCGGGUUCACAAUAGGAGAGUCAGAGUGAUGUUUAACUGGGCUCAGUGGUGGGAUGAGCAUAUUCAGGAAACGAUUCUUCUCCCCAGAAAACCACGCCAAGAACUCAAGACGUGUAAUCCUGAGGUUCUUUGGAUGCACUUGACAGCCCAGCAUGAUUGGCUCAGUAUUUAUUCAUGGAUUGAGGAAUUUGAGCCCAACCGGACUUCGUGCGGACGAGCUCACUGGCCUCCUCUUACUGCAGACAUCAUUGACAGGAGCACGUUGUGUAGUGGCUACAUGAGAAAUGAUAUCUUAAACAAGCUGGCUGGAAAGGGAAUUUUUGUCCCUUCCGAGUUGGAAGAUUUUGAACUUCUGCUCCAAAGACUGUCUUACCUUGGGGGAGUUCUGCAAAAUCCUCACCCUGUUCCGAAAUACAGUGCUGCAGGUGGUCUGGACUUCCACGCUCGUUUCGUCCUUCACUGUUUGGAACAUAAUUUGCAGUAUCUCUUAUACACUUACUUAGACUAUUACAGUUUGUCGGCUUCCAACUGCCCCAUUUUGGAUGACAAGGAGUUGCACGAAGCGCAUCCCUGGUUUGAAUUUCUCCUGCAGUGCCGGGGGGUUGCCAGUGACCCACGAG